UGCUAAUGCUAAGAACGAAUAACCUAACCUCAAAAUUAGACAACGACAAGACAAAAUCUAUUCCGUUUGUUUCUUUGCAAGUACUGGAUAAAAUGGAACAGUUUUUGGAAUUUAUAAAGAAAGCCAAACAAGCUUUAAACAACAUUGAAAUCUUCAAAAAUAUUCACCUGGUGCUUGGGAAUGAAUCUUGCGACUUAGAUUCCACUAUUUCCGCAUUGUCUCUCGCUUAUUUAAUACAUUCACGUAACACUAAUGAUUUAGUAAUACCCGUAAUGAACGUUGAAGCAAAGUAUUUCCCCCUGAGGACUGAAACAAAUUACUUGUUAAAAAAAUGCGAUAUUGAUCCCAAGAAUCUCGUUUACAAAGAUCAAAUCAAUUAUUCAAAUAUCCUAAAAACAGCCAAAGUAAAAACAAGCUUAGUAGACCACCACGUAUUGUCAAACCAUGAUAAGGUGUUAGAAGAAACCGUUCUGGAAAUUUUUGACCACAGGACCAUCAAUAAAGAAGAAAUUUGUCACGGUGAUCACGUGGAAAAGACUGUAAUUAAAAUAGUUGGUUCUUGUUGUACUUUGAUCACAAAUGAAAUCAUUGAGUCAAAGUUGUCGAUUUUAUUUAAUGACUUAAGUCACCUUUUGUAUGCUACCAUUAUUUACGAUACGAUAGGCCUUGAUAAAGAAUAUGGAAAAACAUUUGAGGAUGACCUUAAAGCUGCCCAAUAUCUAGAAAACAUUCUUAAACCAACUCAAGCAAGAAAAGAGUUGUUCAAUGUGUUGUGGAAAAUCCACAAUGACACGUCCACUUUAAGUACCCAAGAUUUACUUUACAGAGACUUAAAGGUGGUCAAAGGUAUUCCCAUUCCGGGUUUACCAAUCCUGGUUGAGGAAUAUUUGAAUCGUGGGGAUGCAGAUGGCGCUAUUGCUGCUUUCGCGAGUGAUUUCAAGACAUCUAAUGUUGUGUUAAUUGGGAUUGACGCUAGUGAAGACGUUAAAAGAGACAUAGCGAUUUUUUCUACUGAUUCCAUUUUUAAAAAAACCUUGAUCAUAAUCUUGAGUGACAGUAAACAUGAAUUACAACUUACGGAAAUUCCUGUAAAAAAUAAGAAUGUUGUGUGUUUCAGACAGGGCAAUAUUAAAUUGACACGUAAAUUUAUUCUGCCACUAGUAAACGAUGCUGCUGUACAAUGCCAAAAAUAGGAAAAAAACAUUGUUAAUCUUUAAUAAUCGAAAUUAUUAAUAACAUUCUAAAAAAUUAUAAAA